AUGGGGAGUGCCAAGCUAUCCUUAAUUGUCUUUCUUCAACUUCUGCUUGUUCUUUCUGUCUUUGAAAGUGCCACCUCACAAGGCUUGAAACUCCGCUUCUACCAGCGCUCUUGUCCAGAAGCAGAAAAUGUCAUUAAAAAGACAACAUCUAAGUACAUCUCUCGAGUUCCAACUCUUGCUGCACCUCUCUUGAGGAUGCAAUUUCAUGACUGCUUCAUCAGGGGAUGUGAUGGUUCUGUUCUAUUGAACUCGACAAAGAACAACCAAGCAGAGAAAGCAGCCAUUCCCAACCUGAGUCUAAGAGGGUUUGAUGUCAUUGAUGCUGCAAAAUCCAAAGUAGAAAAAAUUUGUCCUGGUGUUGUUUCAUGUGCUGAUAUAUUGAGUUUGGUAGCAAGAGAUGCCGUAUCCAUGAUUUAUGGACCUUAUUGGGAUGUUCCAACUGGCAGAAGAGAUGGAAAUGUGUCAGUAGCCAUGGAGGCUUUAGUUGGCUUACCUCCUCCUUUUGCUAACAUAACAACACUCAAAUCGAUGUUUGCUUCAAAGGGUUUAGAUGCUAAAGACCUGGUAGUUUUAUCAGGAGGGCACACCAUUGGAAGAUCUUUAUGUGCUGCAUUUAGCAACCGCUUGUACAAUUUCACAGGCAAAGGUGAUAUAGACCCCUCAUUAGAUCGAAACUAUGCUGCAACUUUGAAGAAAAAAUGCAAGCCUAAUGACAUUACUACACGAGUCGAAAUGGACCCCGGUAGCUUCAAAUCAUUCGAUAAUGAUUACUACACUGUUGUAGCCAAAAGAAGAGGCCUAUUCCAAUCUGAUGCAGCUCUCCUUAAUGAUCCUAACACAAAGGCCUAUGUUCAAAUGCAAGCAAACUCACAAAAACCCACUUUUGCUAAGGAUUUUGUUGUGUCUAUGGUAAAGAUGGGCAAGAUUGGAGUCCUUACCGGCAAGGCUGGUGAAAUCAGGAAGCAUUGUGCUUUUGUUAAUCGUUGA